UCAACCCCCCGAGAAUCCCCUCAGAAAAUACUCAAAGAAGAAAAUGACAGGUCGCAUCUCCCCGCUGGUCCACCUGGUGUACUUUUGAUAACGGACAAAGUUUCCCCUCAGAAGGUGAAUGUUUAUCCAGAAACGCACCAGACUCAGACUUUUUGGGACCGAGCGUUGACAGGGGAGGGGGAUGACAGUCUUCUGCAUCCCUUGCUGUCUCCAUCCCCCUUUUGUAGGAUCCGUGGCUGGACUUGUUUUGAUUGAUACCCUGCACCGCAUCACCAAGGAAGCCCUACCCAGAGCAAAGGACCCUCGAGACCAACUCGGUAGGGGGGGGGGCAGGUUCCCUCACUCCCUAUGGGGACAGUGUUCGGAGAUAAUCCCUGCCUGCAGCUCACCUGGUCUCUGCGCUGGGGCAUGGCUCAUUGACAGCUCCGGCCCCAGUACCAGGGCCAGGAGUUCUGGGCUCCACGAUCUGCCGGCUGCGCAGACUGUCAUCCAACUCAUGCCACAGGUUGACUACCUACAGGCAGACGCAAAAUGGACGCACGCAGGUCGUAUGCAAGUACCCCUACAAAUGCAUAGAACAACCCAUGUCGGUGUCCAACCAGAGGAGAGCUUGGGAUCCAUUGUCGAUCCAUCAUCUUCCCCACUUGGUGUUUGCGACUGACUGGACCCAACAGUAUCUUUCUCAGCAGCGGGUGCAGUCAUUUGUUGAUCAUCGACAGUCUCGUUAGCCCUAGUGACACCAAAGGGCUGGAACUCACCGCUUGGGCCUCUGUUAUGCAUCGAGACAUCCCCCGGGCACUCCGCAAAGCUAACGCACAAUCGAUGCGAAAAGCACCAGACAAAAUUCGAGCGAGGCACCACCUGUACCUACCUCCU